AUGACGGACGUAGGGGAAAUCCUCAAAUCACUGAAUGAGUUUGGGCGGUUCCAGUUUGGGCUGGUGCUAUUGAUCACUCUGUCCUGCCCUAGUAUCGGCUUCCACAUGUUCAGCCAGUUAUUCAUGGUCGCCCACGAGCCUCAUUACUGCAACACCAGCUGGCUUGCCGGGGUUGGCUUCAACCUGACCGAAGAAGAGCGGCUGAACCUAAAGUUUGACCUGGUGUGUGAUAGGAAAGAUUUAAGUGAUAUCUCGCAGUCCGUUUACAUGAUGGGCCUUCUCUUUGGAGCCCUGGGAUGUGGUCCAUUAAGUGAUUGGUUUGGACGACGGCCAAUGAUCCUGUUGUCCUGGCUCAUACAAGGUGUGUUUGGAGUCGCUGCCGCUUUCGUCCCGACUAUCCCUCUCUACUGUGCGUUCCGAUUUCUCUUGGGUGUCGCCAUUUCUGGACUUGCGAUAAGUACUCUAGCUCUAGGUACCGAAUGGGUCGGGGUCGCCUACCGUCCGCACACGGUCAUUGUCACCCACGUGGGCUUCGCCGUGGGGCAGAUGAUCCUGGCCGGCUUAGCCUACGCUAUCCGUGACUGGAGGCUGCUGCAGGUGGCUGGGUCGGCCCCCGUAUUCGCCCUCUUUGUCUACAUCUGGCUCCUUCCUGAAUCUGCUCGGUGGCUUGUGACCAAAGGGAAGGUGGAGGAAGCCAAAAAGCUCCUCCGAAGAGCUGCUGUGAUGAAUAAACGGACUAUCCCACCCACACUGUUGGGACAGCUCCAACCUGAGGCCAAGACCAAAUCUGGGAGUAUUCUGGAUCUCUUCAUAAAUCCCCACUUAAGGAAGGUGACACUCCUCAUGUCCUCUGUCUGCCAAGAUUUGCCUGUGGUGAUAACAGUGUUGGCCAUCAUUGGGAAGUUUUCCAUGUCUGGUUCCUUCUCUACCUCAUACGUGUUCUCUGCUGAGCUGUUCCCUACGGUUGUCCG